UCCUGGGGGGAGCGCCGAGGGGCGGGGGAAGGGAGUCCUGGUCAAUAACCCCGGAGCGCCGCCGGUGGGAGGCGCGGGCGGGCGCCCGAGCGCCUGUCGGCCCCUACGCGCCCAGCAGCCUCCACCUGCCCAGUGACCAUGAUAGUGUUUGUCAGGUUCAACUCCAGCCAUGGUUUCCCAGUGGAGGUGGAUUCCGACACGAGCAUCUUCCAGCUCAAGGAGGUGGUUGCUAAGCGACAGGGGGUUCCAGCUGACCAGUUGCGCGUGAUUUUCGCGGGGAAGGAGCUUCGGGAUGACUUGACAGUGCAGAGCUGUGACCUGGAUCAGCAGAGCAUCGUUCACAUUGUGCUGAGACCCCAGAGGCCAGUCCUAGAAAGGAGCACAGCUGGCGGGGAUGGCCGGCGCCGACCUGUGGAGGGCUCUGGGAGGGAGCCUGGGAGCUUGACCCGCGUGGACCUCAGCAGCUCCGUCCUCCCGGCUGACUCGGUGGGCCUGGCUGUCAUCCUGCACAGGGACGGCAAGGACGCCCAGCCAGCUGCAAAGCCAGCAGGUAGACCAACCUACAACAGCUUUUAUGUUUAUUGCAAAGGCCUCUGUCAAAGUGUGCAGCCAGGAAAACUCAGGGUGCAGUGUAGCACCUGCCAGCAAGCGACACUCACCUUGGCCCAGGGUCCUUCUUGCUGGGAAGAUGUCUUAACCCCAAACCGGAUGAGCGGUGAAUGCCAAUCCCCAAACUGCCCCGGGACAAGAGCAGAAUUUUUCUUUAAAUGUGGAACCCACCCGACCUCUGACAAGGAAACAUCAGUAGCUUUGAACCUGAUCACAGCAAAUAGUCGAGACAUCAGCUGCAUAACAUGUACAGACGUCAGGAGCCCUGUCCUGGUUUUCCAGUGCCACUACCGCCACGUGAUAUGCUUAGACUGCUUCUACUUAUACUGUGUGACAAGACUUAAUGACCGGCAGUUCAUCCAUGACCCGCAGCUUGGCUACUCCCUGCCCUGUGUGGCUGGCUGCCCCAACUCUUUGGUUAAGGAGCUCCAUCACUUCAGGAUUCUUGGAGAGGAGCAGUACAACCGGUACCAGCAGUAUGGCGCUGAAGAGUGCGUGCUACAGAUGGGGGGCGUGCUUUGCCCCAGCCCUGGCUGCGGGGCGGGGCUGCUGCCCCCCCAGGGAGAGAGGAAGGUCACCUGUGAAGAGGUCAAUGGCCUGGGCUGCGGGUUUGUCUUCUGCCGGGACUGCAAAGAACCAUACCACGAAGGCGAAUGCAGUGCCCUGACUGACGCCACAGGAGCAGUGACUCAGGCCUACAGAGUUGAUGAGAAGGCAGCCGAGCAGGCUCAGUGGGACGAAGCCUCCAAAGAGACAAUCAAGAAAACCACCAAGCCCUGUCCGCGUUGCCAUGUGCCGGUUGAAAAAAAUGGAGGCUGCAUGCACAUGAAGUGUCCCCAGCCCCAGUGCCAGCUGGAGUGGUGCUGGAACUGCGGCUGCGAGUGGAACCGCGCCUGCAUGGGAGACCACUGGUUCGACCCGUAGCUGCAGCCCAGCCUGGGCGCCCGGCCUGCUUGGAAACAAAGUGUCCAGCUGUG